GCCCAGAACGGCAUCGCCAUUUUCUUCAUUUCCUUGUUAGGAAUCAGAAGACCACAGGCAAACUCUCUCUCUCGACAGUUCUAACAACAAUGGCAGUCGCGAAUCUGCAAAGGUUGUCCUCGCAAGUGCAUCGCCUCCAAUCUCUCUCCUUGUUUUCGAAAUCCCUCAUAUCUCGAAGCUCCUCUUCCUCCUCGAAGAAGGUAUCAGACCGCAUCGUGAAGCUUUCAGCAAUCGACUUCGAGGGGAAGAAGCACGAGGUGGUGGGCCUGGCGGGCCAUACCCUCCUGAAGGCCCUAAUCAACAAGGGCCUCAUCGACCCAAACGCCCACCGCCUUGAAGAGAUCGACGCCUGCUCCGCGGAGUGCGAGGUGAACAUCGCCCAAGAGUGGCUCGAAAAGCUCCCCCCUAGGUCCUACGACGAAGAGUAUGUCCUCAAACGCAAUUCCAGAGCUAGGGUCCUCAACAAACACUCCAGGCUCGGUUGCCAGGUUCUCCUCAACCACGACCUUCAAGGUAUGGUCGUUGCCCUACCCAAACCUAAGCCCUGGGACACUUCCUAGUUUGCUCCCUCCAAACCGCAAUUGAUCUUUUUUUUUUCUUCUGUUCAAUAAUGCGAUCGUUUGAAGAAAGAGCUGAGCAGAACUUGUUGAACCUUGCAUUGGUUUAUUAUUAUAUUUUGGGCGUUUUAAACUCCCUAGCCUGUGAUUGGCCCGCUAUGAAUAACUCUUUGAAAUCGUGUGUUUUAUUAUUAUGUGUAGAAUUGUUAAUGAUGGCUCCACUGCUCUUGCUUUGACUUUUGAGGUCGUUUUGUGGCUUUUCUUGAUUCUCUUCCACCUAUGUUUUUUGAUGAUGUAGAAAAAGGGAAAAUGUAGAAUCCUUUUUUAGGUGGAGGAAUUUGCAAAUGGGCAAUGAGAGCUUUUAUUUCUUGGGAGAAUUAUGCAUUAGUGUUUCGUUAUGAACCUGUUUGCAGUGUACCAUGGUUGAUUGCAAGUGUGAUUGAACGAGCAAAUGCGUUGGCCAUCUUUGGAUGAUGUUAACCACUCUCUUGGUUAGUCGUCUGAUGUAUAUAUUUCCUUGGAUCCUUAAUUUUAAGUCUGCGUAUUUGUGAUGAUAUUUUUCCCCUUGUUUAUGUGAAAAUUGGGAGAAGGCCCAUAGUUAGCCCUAUGCAUUCAUGUGAGAAAAAACUGAUUAUGUCUGAUCUUAUACACCAUGGCUGCUAGAGAGAAACAGUGGCAAAAUAGUAUAUACAUAUUUGACCGGAGAUUCAAAUCUUAAGGGCAUUUAAGAGAUGCAUCCAAACGGUUUCUGAACGUAGCUUUUUUGCAGUUUAAAAUUAAUUUUGGAAGAUUAACCUUGCAACUUGUUUUGAAACACUCGUGUAUUGGCUAAGGCCUUGUUUGGGUGAGCUUGUAGAUGAUUUCUUAUAAGAGAAGAAAAAUAAUAUGAAAAAUGAAUAAAACUUUUCUCAAAAGUUCACAACAAUUUAUCGCCUGAAGUUUUAGAGAAGUUAAAUGAAAGAACUUCUCAAAAAAUAGAGAAGCAUAAGUUGAUUUUAACUUAUGGGAGGAAUUUGAUUCAUUUCACUAAAUUUUGACUGAGUAUUUAUUGAAAAAUAUAUUCAAACUGAGCCUAAGUUUUAACAUGAAUAAUCUUGUGCUUAUUGUCUCAAGGAUCGGCGUAUAAAAUUGAAAUGCAUUGGGGAAUGAUUAAGUAGAAUCAGGACAGUAUGAAGCUAUAAUGCAGAAACCUAUUAUUGAACGAAAUUGAGCUGUGCAAUUGUUUUUGCAGUUAAUUAAAGAAGUUUGUUAUUUGCAGCAGCAAGGCAUCUUUUAUCUGUGAUUAUUAAGAUAUGUGCAGGAAUUUCUAGAAGUGUUAUAUACUAGUGCAUGAAGAAUGUGACAAAUCAACAAAAAAUUGUGAUAAAUUUUAUUAACCUUCCGUGCAUUGCUUAUCCUUCAGAAUAUAAUGAUGAUUUAAUUUAGUGAUGAUUUAUUAAGUCACAAUUGAUGUAAUUUGCUAGCAGGCUGCAAAUUAACCUUGAUUGUAUAUCCUAUGUGUAGCUAAAGGUACUAUGGCUUCCUCUCAAUUUUAAGUCUUAUUUAAUGAAUAUAGAAUAAAUCGAUUUUUG